AUGGAAUUCGCCAGACCUUCGUCUCCUAAGCGCAUCAAACUCGUAGAUGGCGGUACUAUAGAGACCAUCCCAAAGGCAGACUCGGUAACAGACGGAGAAACGACGAUACUAACGGUCGUGGUUGAUGUCGAACCCACCGACGAGGCAGAGCGCUGGAUCCACUUGCUCUUCACUUGGUCGGGAAAAUCACUCGCUUUGGACAUUGCUGAGAGCGACAGGGUGUAUGACUUGAAGGCUACUCUACAAAGCCUCACUGACGUGCCACCAGAAAGGCAGAAGAUACUCGGCCUCGUCAAGGGAAAACUGCCACCUGACGAGGAAAGGAUAGGAGAUUUGAAACUAGUGAGUGGAAAGAAGUUCACGCUGGUGGGAACUCCAGAAGGCCACGAGAUCAAAGAUCCAUCGCAGCUAGAAUUUCUCCCGGAUGUGGUUAAUGACCUCGACAUCGACAUCUCCGCGAAUCCCGCGGCGGCGGCAGCGUACAUCAACGACCAGCGGAACUUGCGAAAAAUCCGAGAACAUACUCGAAAGCUGCAUAUCAACAUCAUACAUCCUCUCAGGGAGGGCAAGCGACUGCUCGUGUUGGAUAUCGACUAUACCAUUCUGGAUACGAAGCCGCUCACGUCGGGUGCGCUACCUCCGCGAGAGUGCGCCCGGCCUCGGCUCCACGAAUUCCUGGAGGCUGUAUAUCCGUACUACGACAUCUGCAUCUGGUCACAGACGAGCUGGGUAUGGCUCGAGACGAAACUGGUCGAGCUAGGGAUGAUUGGUGGCGGGCGAAACUAUGAGAUAUCCUUCGUGCUGGACAAGACGUGCAUGUUUACCGUGUUCUCCACACGGGAGGGCAAACAGUACAGGCACUCUGUGAAGGCGCUCCAGAUCAUUUGGAAUCACUUCAAGCAGUUCAACUCCACGAACACCCUCCAUGUUGACGAUCUGAGCCGGAAUUUUGCGCUGAACCCUCGCCAGGGGCUCAAAAUUCUCGCGUUCAAGGAUGCGCACACCCUCCAGGCAACGUUGGAUCGCGAGCUGGACAAGCUUGCGCGCUACAUGAUUCACAUUGCCAGGACACACGACGACUUUCGCAAUGUCGAUCAUAAACAUUGGCAGGACGUCGCUCGCGCUCUGCCUCCAUGA